ACACUGUAGAUUUUUAACUAAGUGAUGGAGCUCUUUUAUCAACUGUGGCGUUAACCAUACCCAUCCAUACAUUUACAAAUCAACGUAUCAUGUGACCACGACUGUACGCUCCACGCGGGAGUCUCAUCUUAAUCCCAAAGUGUGUUGAUUUCCUUCAAAAGGUGAAAUGUUGAGCUCCAAGCUGCUGACUCUGGUGCUGGUGGUCCAGCCGGGCAGGGUGCUGCUGGGCAUGAAGAAGAGGGGAUUCGGGGCUGGCAGGUGGAACGGGUUCGGGGGCAAAGUUCAGCCUGGAGAAAGAAUUGAGGACGCUGCUAGAAGGGAACUUCAAGAAGAAAGCAGCCUCACCGUGGAUGCGCUGGAGAAGAUCGGAAAUAUCAAAUUUGAAUUUGUGGGGGAAACGCAGCUGCUUGAUGUCCAUAUCUUCAGAGCUGAUGCGUACAACGGGGAACCAACAGAAUCAGACGAAAUGAGACCUCAGUGGUUUGAAAUCGACAAAAUUCCCUUCAGUCAGAUGUGGCCUGAUGACGUCCUCUGGUUCCCUCUGAUGUUCCAGAAAAAGAAAUUUACCGGUUACUUCAAGUUUCAGGGUCAUGACGUGAUUCUCAGCCACACCCUGGAGGAGGUGGAGAAGCUCUGAUGUGAAAUUACUGCUGUUGCUCAUGGGACCAAAAUAAAUAAAUGUAUAAAAGCAAAAGUACCCAUCAGCCUUUAAAAUGUUGACAGUAGUUCCAGGAGAUAAACACAGUUAAAGUUCUCAUCCAGGUUCAUUUUGUGAGUGCAAAGGAGAGGGUCCUGUAGCCUUAAUGGGACUAUGUUACCUCUUGGUGUGUCCACAUGUUAUAUGACUGUAACAUUAUCAGAAUUAAACCUGUUUUUUUGUAAGUCUGAAGUCUCUUUUCUUUGCAAAGCAG